AUGACAGUGAAGCUUGAUAUGAGUAAAGCUUAUGAUAGGUUAUCAUUUGUCCAACGAGAGGCAUUAGACAAGUAUUUUUUUUGUCGAGCUGAGGAUGAUGAUUGGAGUUGCAUUUAUGAUAUUUUAACCGCAUAUGGUAGAAUUUCCGGACAGAUGAUUAAUUACAACAAGACUAGUGUCUUCUUUAGUAGAUUUACGUAUACUCAAUUAAGGGUAAGAAUGAUAUCAAUGAUUGGUGCAGCGGAAGCUAAGAGGUAUAAUCGUUACUUGGGUUUGCCGGCAAUGAUUGGUAGAUCUAGAAGGAGUGUUUUCCACUAUAUCUUGGAUAAGUUACGAAAGAAGAUUAAUUGUUGGUCUCAUCGCAAUUUAUCUCAGGCUGGGGAAGAAAUUUUCGUCAAAGCUGUCCUUCAGGCUGUACCGACUUAUGCUAUGCAGUUGUUCAAGUUUCCAAAAAGUCUUUGUAAUGAUAUUUGA